AUGCAGGAAUUACAAAUAUUGAAUUUUCCCAUUUUGAAUGAUUGGAAAUUAAUCUCCUUUGAUAAAGAAUUAAGUGCAGAUGAUAUAAAAAAAUAUAGUCAAAAAUGCAAUGGAGUUUCAUCAGGGUUAAGUAAUUCUAAUAAAAUUCAAUCUGUUUUAUGUGGUAAAGUAUUAAGGAAUUUUGAUGAAUUGUUAAAAAAUGAAGAAUCGAAUAUUAAUAAUUGUCUGAAUUUUAAUGUGUGGCUAUAUGUUAUAAUUAAAUACUAUCAAUAUAGCAUCGAUGAAAUACAAACUUAUUUUAAUUUAACAGAUUCUCCCAGCAAUAAGUUAUAUAUUUUACAUAAAUGCAGCUUGGAUUGGUUCAAUGAGAUAACCGAAAUGGAUAAUAUAAUAAAAUUAUAUAAUUUUAAUGAAUAUGUAAAAAAUAUUAAAAAUAGAAUUGGUAAUAUAAUUCAGGAGGAGUAUAAUGCUUUAUGUAAAUACGUUCAUGAUUGCAUACUAUUAUAUAAAAGACUUAGUUCAACAUACUGCAAAAACAGGGACAAUGGAUCUAGUACUCUUUGUGAUGAAAUCAAAAAAUUUACAUCAUAUUAUAGGACAUAUAUACAAGGAUUAGACGAAGACAAAAGUAAAAAUUUUCCAUUGUUAGAAAAUUAUACAGUAUCAAAUGAAUUCUAUUGUCUAUCGGAAGCAGAAAAAUAUGAAAAGCGUUUUUCUUUACUUAAAAAUCAUGACAUAGUAAAAUCUCAGGUUCACAAUAUUGAUGCAAGAAAAGUUCAUCAUCACACAACCCAAGAGUACAGUAAAGAGAGAGCAGUUAAUAUUAAUCAAAAAUAUGGAUUCUUUGAUGAUUUAAAUAUAUAUCAAGCUAAUGAAAAACAAUAUCGUAGUGAUGAAAAUAUGGAUACGAUAGAUUAUUAUUGUAAUAAAUUAUAUAUAAAUGAGGAAAAAUGGAAAAGCAAUACAAUACAGUAUUGUAAAGAUUUUAUAAUGUAUUAUUUCUUUUUAUCGCGUAACAUGGGAAAGAAUAUGCCUAAUGUGAGCGAAUAUAUUAAAUAUUUAAACUACUGGAUAGAAAAUAAGCUAAGAAGUUCUGGAGAUGAGGAAUUUAAAACAUUUUUUUACAGUUCUUUGAGUGAAAUUUAUGAGAAGUUUCAAUUAAAGGAUGAAUUAUCGGAUAAAAUAAAAAAAAUUGAUGACAUUGAUUUCAAGAAAAUGACAAUCUUAUAUAAAUUGUACGAUAAUUAUAAUAAAAUUGAAAGUGAAAAAAUUGAUCCGUACACCUAUAUAAAAACUAAAUGCAAUGAGUACGCUAAUAAUUGUAACAUAAACUAUUUAGAAGGUAUCAAUAUGUAUCAAAAAAGUAAGGAUUAUGAUUUUUAUUUGGCAUUAAAGGAAUUUGAUACGCUAUAUAGAAAUGUUCAAUAUAGAUCUGUCUCAUGCAGACAUGUAAUACAAACAACGUUACCAGAAAUAAAAAAAAUAGAAGAAAAAUAUUCCGAAAAAAUUGUUCAAAAAUCGUUAAAAACUUGUGAACAAAAAGAAAGUGACACUACAGAAGAUGAUACUAUAGAAAAUAAUAAAUAUGAAACUAUUUUAAAGGACCUCCCAUUUUACGUAUAUUAUAGUACGUUAAACAAAAACAACUAUCUUGAGGGGUAUAAUGACAAAUAUUGUGGAAAGGUUGAACGUCUUAGUCAUACAUACCCAUGGAUUUGUAAACUUUGUAAAAUGAUAUCCAAAAAUUUACAUGAUAUAUCUAAAAGUGACGAUGAAGAAGAACGUAAGAAAAAAUGUUUAUACUUCAAUUACUGGAUAUACGAUCAAAUAAGGAAAAAAUUUAAUCAUAAAAACUAUGAUUUAGAUGUUGUCCUUACGCUUCUUGACGUUGUUGUUAGUAAUAACCGUGAUUUACAAAAUAAUUAUUGCAACAUGAUAUAUGAUUCCAGUAUUAGCAUGGAAGAGUGGAAAGAAAUGAAAGAGUUACAUGAUUAUUUUAAAGGAUAUGAAAAUAUUAAAAGUUAUGUCACUUCUGAUGUUAUUAAACAAAAGCAUUAUUGUGAAUACAUUACUUAUAUAAAUGAAAUAUAUAAAAGACAUUUAAAAGAUUCAUGCGUAUGUAUUAGCAAUCCGAGUUUUUUUUGUUUCGAGAAAUUUCCAGAUUAUUUUAAGUGUGAUAAAACAUAUUAUCCUAAUAAUCUUUUAACAAAAUUUAAAUGUGAUGCUGAAAAAACAGAAGAAAGCGUAGAAUCAUUAUUUAAAUCUGUUACUACUGAUCAUGAUAUAGCAACUUAUUAUAGUAGAUUAUCUAAAACGUGUACGAGAUUAACAUGCGAUCCUUUUUAUGCUUCUACUUUAGUUGCUUUUUUAAUCCUUGGUCUAUUUUUUACACAUUUCUUUUUUUAUAAGAUCACCCCUUUAGGAUCCUGGUUUGACAAAAAGAUUCUAAAGAAAAAAAAACAUAUGCAAAAUAUUCAUACAAGAAGUAUCCAACAUUUACAAGAAAAAGAUUCAAAAAACAAAUAUGAAAACAUUCGCAAAAAACAAAUUCAUCUAGUUUAUCAAUCUCUAUGA